ACCGGCUUAACUCUCCCACAGGCUACCCAAGUACAAGUGCAAGGAUCCGUUCCAACGUGACGAAACUCUUAACGAUAAGUCAACAAAGCCAUUUGAAAAAUCAGUAGAAUUCUUUACCUUAGCCCCAUAUCUGUAUUGCUAUCAGAAAUGUUUGCUAAUUUCUGAAAAAUACUCGCUGGGAGGUUUCGUUCAUGGGAGAUUUAAAGGUAUCUUACACGAAGGAUAUCUCCUGAAAGAUCGUCUAUGAUCAGGUUUAUAAAGUCGCUCCCGGCGCAUAUGGCGGAGAGUGAAGAUUGUAUGGAUAAAAGAGAUACAGAAUGUGGUCAAGACAAGGCAAAUUCACCUUUUCGUAGUCAAAAUGAAGAUUCUCUGGAUUUUGAUUUGUAUGGGGAUCUUUCUGUGGACCUCAACCAAGAAAUGACAUAUCCCGAGUUGAAGAAAUUAUUUGAAGAAAGUCAGCAAACAAUUAAGAAGUUUGAAGCUGAGAACAAAAAACUGAAAGAUGAAAACUUUGUGCUUAAGAAAAACAUCUCAAGCCUGUAUCUCACCGCACGAGAGGAGAUAACUCGAAAGGAUGCUCAAAUCAAAGCAUUACAGGACAAGGAAGUGAGAAGCAGAAAACUUUUGGCACAAUCCCAUGCACAGUGAGUGGAUAUCAAGAGGAAUAUCAGCAUACCACUAAACCCUAGCUGAUGAGUUGAUUGGUGUUAAUUGCAUAUGCAGUUUUGUCAGGGGAUUGACAAAUCUCACUGGAAUUGCUGACUUUCAACACUUAUGUAAUUGACAGAGGUUUUAUUGUCUUAGCAAGCUAAAUGGUCUCGUAGAAAGAAGGAUCUCUCGAGGUGUGGAACAGACUGAUGUGAGCCAUUAACAGACUUCUUAAUAACUUCACUGCCCACUGCAUCAUGAUGUUACUUUACCAUCAGUGGGGACCACACUGUUAAUCACUGUGUAACUGUGGAUUGGCAGAUUUAGAAAUAUUGUUUCAUGCUGCCACCAAUCAUGUUGUGGGACUUUGGAACAUGACGUUCAUUAUUUCUUUUCACUCCUAGUUACCUUGUUAAGCAAUAGAAAACAAGUCCAAACUUUGAUUUCCCUCAAUUCACUAUGUAUUGAGAGAUUCAUCUUCCAACUUUGGAUUAUUUUUCCAUUCAUCAAGCUGUGAUAAUGAAGUUCAUUAUCAUAAGAUGCACUUGUCUAUAGAGUCUAUCAAAUGAGGCUGGAAAGCAACUAAACAACUGCCAGCUUUAGAUGUUACUCAUCAGUGCGACAAAGAGAGAGAUUAUUUUUAUGCAGUACCCCAAGCUGCAAUCCUUAUGGUUUUGGAUACCAUGGCCACUUUGAAAAAAACCAAGUUUGCCGUUUAAGUUGCCAAUUUGGCAUCUAUGUUUGAAGUGACAUUAUUAAAACAUAGUUUUAGUUGUCUAAAAUUCCAAAUUGGGGUAGACAUUUUCAUAAAAUGUAACUCACUCAUAUUCUGUCUUUUUUCAUAUUUAACCUUUUCUUCUUUACACUUAGUUUGCCGAAUAUUACACCUUGAGAUGUCCCUUGAAUAUCAAAAGACAGACCUCAACUAAACUUCCGAUACCUAAGACUGGUGGGGUUUCCUGCAAUUUUUCUUGUGGUUGCAAAAAUUUUAUAUCUAGUAUAUAAUUGAUGGAAACUUUGUAAAAGGUUGAAUGUGAAGCCCUGACAUGGGCUUUUUAAUACACUAUUUCCCAUUUAUUUCCUACAAAAAGCUUCUAUUAAAUUUUCACUCUAUUCAAGUAAAUGAAAGUGUUCCACCAGAGUUCAAGUUAUGUUUCUUGUUUUAUCGCAGAUCUUCAUGAUCAAAAAAAAUUUUGUGAACAUAUUUAAUAUUUAAUAUUAAACUACAACUGAAUUGACAUUUUAAGUCUGUUAACCAAGGAGAUGAAAAAAGACUGCAAGAAGUUUUACACUAAACAAGUUUGUGUGGGGAUUUGCUUAGUUUGCAGAUUUAAUACAAGAUUCAGUUGACAAUGAUAAGAAUAAUAAAAAUACCUCAAGAAGUCUUAUUCAGUUCUAAUUUUUGGAUCAAAAAAGAGCAAUUUCUCCCAAAAAAUGUAAGAAAAUUACAAUAGCCUCUA